AUGCGAGGGAAUCCUUAGCAUGUCAACUUAUUUACGCUCACCCUUUGUUACAAAGAAUAUAUAUAAAUAUAUGUCGACUGUUUUUCCGAUUGCAGGUAUGAACCGGUCAAACAACAACGAAGGCAGCCCGUCCUUAACCCCUUUACGCUGUAACUGUGGUCUGUUUUGCCCAAGUCUCUACACUAAAGUAUCUCUUACAUUUGCCUAUGUUGUCUUACUAAUAACAGCGAGUAUAGGAAACAUCCUGGUUUUUUUACUUCUGCGUAGAUGCAAAAGUACAGCUCAAAUGACCUUUAACUAUCUUAUCAUGAAUAUGGCCGUUGGAGAUAUUAUUGGAGUCUUCAGCUCAGCAAUAUUAGCAGUUUCCUUCACUUUUGUUGGUCAUCAUUGGAUUUCAGGCCUAUUUGGAGAAGUUCUCUGCAAAAUGGUUCCUUUUGUUCUCACUCUGUCUAUUUAUUUGUCAAUAUGGACCUUAGUGGUUAUGUCUGUGGAUCGAUACUUUUCAAUUUCUCAUUCUUCCAAGAAACCAAUGAGUAGAAAAGUAGUAAAAAGAAGCAUCGUCUCAGUCUGGUUCAUCGCUGCCAUGGCUGCCUCUCCAUACCUAUAUAAGAUGCAAUUAAGAGAGACAAGUGAUAAAUCUGAGUGUCGUUCUCUUUGGAGUGAAGAUCUUGAAAGGCAUUUAUUUAUGAGUAGAGGUGAAGAGAUCGUCAAGUUUGUUUUAACGUACGUUAUUCCUUUAUUUGUAAUAGGGACAAUGAAUAUCAUAAUCGGCCGUACUCUAAGUAGCUUGAAACCAAUCAAUGACUGUAAAAUACAAGCGAAGAGAGCCAAACGUAAUCGAAAGAUUUACAAACUUUUAGUUUCAAUUGUUUCGUUAUUCGCCUUUUGUUGGGUAUUUGCCCAUGUAAACCAUCUUUUGUCUGCUUUCGAUAUUGUUACCUAUUGUAAUCUUCCCGCUGCUGUUCCCUUUUUCUUCUUCUGGAUUUCUCAUUUAAAUGCAGCUGGUAAUCCCAUAAUAUAUGCUGUAUUCAAUAGAAGCCUUCAAAAAGGAUUCAGGAAAACAGGGAAGAAAGGAGGUAGAAGGAGUUCAUCCAAAAGAAAAGUAUGAGACAUGCAGCCGUCAAAGAGGAGUUCCUUGUAGGGGUUUAAAGAACUCUGGUUCGCAAAAAGUCUUUAAAAUCAAGUGCAAAAAAAGAGGUGA